GUGCUUUCCAGCCCGGAGCUGUCAGGCCGAGUGUCAGGCCCGGCAGGUACGCGGCGCUCUCCCCCGGCCCCCAGCCCACUGCCAGGCCUCGCUGACCGAGCCGGAGGCCGCGUGGACCGGAGAGUCGCUCGGAAAAGAUUGCUUGAGGCCCAGCCUAGCCCCUAGACACCCCUACCAUGUCGGACAGUGAUCUGGGCGAGGAUGAAGGUCUCCUCUCCCUGGCGGGUAAGAGGAAGCGGCGAGGGAACCUGCCCAAGGAGUCCGUGAAGAUCCUCCGGGACUGGCUGUACUUGCACCGCUACAACGCCUACCCCUCAGAGCAGGAGAAGCUGAGCCUUUCUGGACAGACCAACCUGUCCGUGCUGCAGAUAUGUAACUGGUUUAUCAAUGCCCGCCGGCGGCUUCUCCCAGACAUGCUUCGGAAGGAUGGCAAAGACCCUAACCAAUUCACCAUUUCCCGCCGGGGGGGUAAGGCCUCAGAUGUGGCCCUCCCCCGGGGCAGCAGCCCCUCAGUGAUGGCUGUGUCUGUACCAGCCCCCACCAAUGUGCUCUCCUUGUCCGUGUGUUCCAUGCCACUUCACCCAGGCCAAGGGGAGAAGCCAGCAGCCUCCUUCCCACAAGGGGAGCUGGAGUCCCCCAAGUCCUUGGUGACCCCUGGUAGCACACUCACCCUGCUUACCAGAGCUGAGGCCGGAAGCCCUACAGGUGGACUCUUCAACACGCCACCACCCACACCUCCAGAGCAGGACAAGGACGACUUCAGCAGCUUCCAGCUGCUGGUGGAGGUGGCACUACAGCGGGCUGCUGAGAUGGAGCUUCAGAAGCAGCAGGACCUGUCACCACCCUUGCUGCACACUCCCAUCUCCCUAGUCUCCGAAAACCCCAAGUAGGCAUCUGCCGGCAGGGGUGCUCGAGGUUCGAGCUAGUUGUCCUGGGUUUCCGUUUUGGUUCCCUUUCAUAACAGAGUUCUCUAUGCAUCACUGCCAAACACCAGGAUCGUCUGCUCUGUCCAGAGAUCUUCAGCAGGAAGAUGCCAGGUGGCGUCACUGCACUGUGACGAGGGCCUCUCCUCACUGACUGCCGCGUCUCCAGGCCUCUUCACAGUGAUGGAACCACGCGAUCGGAGACAGGCAUGGUGCUGCUGCUGCUGCUUCUCCAGAGACUCCCCGGGUUACCUUUGUUCCAGCCUGGGCUGGGCUCGGGAAACCUGCCAAGUUCAUACCUAUGCUGGUUCCAAGUUGUCCCUGAGGGGGGACCUCUUUAAGCCAGGUGUGGACAUUCCAAGUUCAUAAGUGUGAACAAAAGAAAAGAGGAAGUCAGCAGAUGUAACAGAACCGACUCCAGUUGAAUGUUUAGAUUUUCGCUAACCUCUGUUUAUUUUCCCCUUUUUGCUGUGGAUUAAUGGGACUAGUUAGCUCAGGUGUGGGGAAUGAGAGUGUGUUGCGGGAUGGAGUCUGAUGAACUGGGAAUGAGCCACCACUGCAACUGGUGAUUGUUUUAUAAGGAAGGACGUGCUUUUAUUUGGGGGACCAGCUAAAUCGCAGUAGUGUGAAAAUUCCAAAUGGUUGUUUAAUUACUGGUUGGUUUACCAAAAAA